AAUCGAGGUUAACCAUAAACAUCGUACAUAGCUAUGUUGGAUGUCUAAGCCAGUCCGUAUUUUUCUGUCUACACAUAACGAGGCUUAUCACAAUCACCGAGAUCUAGUUAAUCUAGAGCUAGACUAGUUCUAGAUAUAAGAAGGGUUCAAAAUCAAGAAUCAAGUACAAUUAGUAGAUCUAGUGUAGUCUUAACUCUAACUCUAAAUUUGAUUCAAGACAUUCAAGGAAUCAAGGCACACAGGGUUGCUGUAGAGGAUAUACACGAUGUAUCCACUACUCAGUGCCAUUGUGUUUCUUGCCAUCUCAGUGGAUUUUGGGGCCUCUGUUUAUAAUUCUGGCCUGAAGAAAGAUUAUUGUCAGUGGGGCUCUGAGUAUUGGUGCAGUUCAUCUAAGACUGCCUUGUUGUGUAAGAAGACUAGCUGGUGUACUGCCAAUGUUUGGUCACAUGAUGUUAUUGAGGACUUAAAGUGUACAGUCAGCCAGAAGUUGGUGGAGUUCUCUAAGACAUUGCUAGCUUCAACAGAUUCUGAUUCUAAAUCAGAGUAUGAUGUUGCUUUGAAGUUAGCGAAAGCUUGUUCGAAGUUCACUGAACCUAAUGAGCGGAAAGAGUGCAAAGCAAUAGUCACCAAUGAAGAGUCAUUGUUAAAACUUGUGCAGCUAGUAGAGUCACACUUGCCAAUAAAAACAAUUGCUUUUGCGAUAGGCACCUGCAAGAGAAACACACCACAGUCCAAUGAUGAGGUGAAACCAUGUACAAAAUGUGAAGAGAUUGUUACCAUAGCUCAGUCCUAUAUACAAAAGUUUUAUACACCUGAAAAACACAUUCUAGUCUUCCAGAAACCAUGUCAAAGUUUGGGUCCAGGCAAAACUGUGUGUUUGGCUUUAGCCGAGAACCAGUAUAAACAAUUUCAUGAUGGCCUUCUGAAUGCAAUACCUGCAAAUAUUUGUAAAAAUCAUAAAGCCUGUAUACCCCAGUCUAAUGAGCAUCUUGACAAAUGCUCAUCUUGUAAAGCAUUUGUCUCUGAUCUCAGAGCUGUAGAUAGAAAUCAGGAAGUUCAGGAUGUCAUUAGAAGUAUGGUCAAGUCUGUCUGUACUGAAUUGGGCCCAUUCCAACAAAUGUGUGAUGUGCUUGCUGACCAAGGAUUGCAGUUUGUCUUUGAGUUUCUGGCUACUGAAUUGGAUCCCACUAGUGUGUGUGAAAGUCUUGAGCUUUGUGCAGCAGUAGAUACCAGCAAUGAAAGACUUUCUAUAUUGCCGCAAACAAAGGAACUAAGACCCAGUGUGGCAACUAGUGUGCCUUGCAUUAUCUGCCAAUUAGUUCUGACAGAAGUUGAAAGUUUUCUUCAGCUAAACUCAACAGAGACAACUCUAGAGAAGUAUAUGGAUGAUGUGUGCAAUCGUCUCCCCCCCACAGUCAGUGAUGAGUGUGAUAGCUUUGUAGCUCAGUACGCCCCCAUGAUUGUCAGACUUAUUGAAAAAAAAAUCCAACCUGAUUCAAUGUGUUACAUUUUAACCUUGUGUAAAAACACUUCAGUUUCCACAGUGACACGCAAACUUGCAUCUAGCAGUCCUCCCAAUGAUGGACUCUGUGACUUGUGUAAAUAUGUUGUGACCUAUAUAGAUACAUUCUUAAAAGAAAAUGCCACGGAAAAUGAGAUAGAAGAAAUAUUAGACAAAGUUUGCCAGAUUUUACCACCAAGUCUCCUACAAAAUUGUACUGGUUUAGUUCAAAAAUAUGGUCCUCUCAUUGUUCAACUAUUACUUCAAGAACUGGAUCCAACCGCAGUGUGCACAGCUAUAGGACUCUGCACUGGAAACAAGGCAAGCCUAAAUCUGAUUUCAAAUGUAAAAACAAAGGUCAAAGGUGAAAUGUGUGACUUGUGUAAAUAUGUGCUGACAUAUGUUGAUUCAUUCUUGGGCGAAAAUGCUACAGAGGCUGAGAUAGAAUCCUUGCUGGAAGAAGCUUGUGCAAUUUUACCAAGUUCUGUAAUUCAAGAAUGUAACAAUUUUAUUGAAGAGUAUGGCCCCAUGAUUAUCCAACUUUUAAUUAAAGAACUAGAUCCCAGUCAAGUGUGUACAGCCAUUGGAUUCUGUGAUGGAAACAAAGUGAGCUUAAAAUCAAAAUCAACCCCAAGACCAAAGGUCACACGAGUCAAAGGUGAACUGUGUGACUUGUGUAAAUAUGUGCUGACAUAUGUAGAUACAUUCCUUGGAAAAAAUGCUACAGAGGGUGAGAUUGAGAAAUUGUUUGAGAAGGCGUGUACCUAUCUACCAAAGGACUACUUUCAAAAAUGUGAUUCUCUUGUUCAACAGUAUGGCCCUCUCAUAAUUCAAUUAUUAAUUCAAGAAGUUGAUCCAACUUUAGUGUGUACAGCUAUUAAACUCUGCACUGGAAAUAAUGCAAGCCCAAAUCUGAAUUCAAUUGUGAAGACAAAGAAAACAAAGGUCAAAGGUGAAUUGUGUGACCUGUGUAAAUAUGUGCUGACAUAUGUCGAUACAUUCUUGGGGGAAAAUGCCACAGAGGCGGAGAUAGAAUCCUUGCUGAAAAAAGCUUGUUCAUUUUUACCAAGCUCUGUGACUCAAGAAUGUGACAGUUUUAUUCAACAGUAUGGCCCCAUGAUUAUCCAACUUCUAAUUAAAGAACUAGACCCCAGUCAAGUGUGUACAGUCAUUGGAUUCUGUGCUGGAAAAAAAAUACCUGCUAAACCAUCCAGCAGUCCACCAAAAGAGGGUCUUUGUGACAUUUGCAAAUACAUUGUCACUUAUAUUGACAACUAUCUGGAAGAAAAUGCCACAGAGGCUGAGAUAGAAGUCAUGUUGGACAAAGUCUGUGAUGUUCUACCCAGUGCAUUUAAAGACGAAUGUGAAAGUAUUGUCAAACAGUAUGGCCCAAUUAUUAUUCAACUUAUUCUUAAAGAAUUAGACCCCACUCAAGUCUGUACUGUCAUAGGAUUGUGUACUGGGAACAAAGUCAAUUUGAAUGUGAAGCCUAAGGUGACAAAGGUCAGAGGUGAACUGUGUGACUUGUGUAAAUAUGUGUUGACAUAUGUUGAUACAUACCUUGGGGAAAAUGCUACAGAGGCUGAAAUAGAAUCCUUGCUGGAAGAAGCUUGUGCAAUUUUACCAAGUUCUCUGACUCAAGAAUGUAACAGUUUUAUUCAACAGUAUGGCCCCAUGAUUAUCCAACUUUUAAUUAAAGAACUAGAUCCCAGCCAAGUGUGCACAGCCAUUGGAUUCUGUUCUGGAAACAAAGUUCAUCAUCCAGUAGUUGCAGCCAAAAGAGCUCAAACAGUGAAAGUGUCUGGAGAAAGCUGUGCACUAUGUGAAUACAUAGCUCAAGAACUGGAUGCUUUUUUGGCCAAAAGCUCUACACAGACUGAAAUAGAAUCUGCUGUUUAUAAAGUGUGCACUUAUGUGCCCUUCAAAUUAAGAUCAGAAUGUGACCAGUUUAUCCAGAGCAAUGGUCCCCUCAUCAUGCAGCUCUUGUUGCAGGAAGUGCAGCCACAACAAUUGUGCACAGCCAUCAAAUUUUGUUCGGCUACAGUGAAAGAUCUGCAGCAACUUGUCAAAACUUCCAGUAACCCAAAGUGUGUGCUGUGUGAGUUCAUUAUGACUCAAUUGGACAAUAUACUGGCUCAGAACAAAUCAGAAGCUCAGAUUGAGGAGGCAUUAGAAAAAGUAUGCUCCUUCAUGCCUGAAACUCUAACUAAAGAAUGUAAUGACUUUGUGAAUACAUAUGGUCCACUUAUCAUACAGAUGUUGAUACAGAGACUGGAACCAGACCUAAUCUGUACUUACCUUAAGCUCUGUUCAUCUUUACCAAACCCUCAGCCAGUCCUAAAGAAAGUCCGAGGUCCAUCUUGUGCUAUCUGUGAGUUUGUUAUUGAGCAGCUGAAUAACAUCUUGGCAGAAAACAGCACAGCGGCUCAGAUUGAAUAUGCUCUAGAAAAAGUCUGUGAUUACCUCCCUUCUAGCCUGAAGGCAGAAUGUGAACAGUUUGUUCAAACCUAUGCACCAGACAUUGUCAAACUGUUGAUAAACAAAAUCAAGCCUGAACAAAUAUGUACAGCCCUGGGUCUCUGUUCAGGUGUCUUCAAAAACUCACUACCUACAAAGCUGACUGGCAGUUCCUGCGUGAUGUGUGAGUUUAUUAUGUCAGAACUGGAUACCAUGUUGGCUGAGAACAGCACUGAGGUUCAAAUUCAAGCAGCUUUACUUCAAGUUUGUCAUGUUUUACCUACAACACUAAAGCCUGAAUGUGACAGUAUCAUACAACAAUACACUCCCAUUAUUCUGGGAAUGCUGAUAAAAAAAAUGGAUCCCAAAACAGUUUGCAAGCUGAUGCAUCUUUGUGAUGGGAAGAGAAGAGUUAUCUCCCCACCAGUAUCUGUGCCAUCUGUCAAGAAAGGAGAACUCUGUCCUCUGUGUCUGUAUGUGUUCAAGGCUGUGGAUGACUUGCUGGAAGAAAAUGCUACAAAGGAGGAAGUAAUAGCAGCCCUGGACAAAGUCUGUGAUAUCCUGCCUGCUAGUAUCAAGGAUCAGUGUGAAAGUUUUGUUGGCUUGUACUUGCCUUACGUGGUGGACCUGAUUGUCCAAGACCUCACACCGGAACAAAUAUGUGAAAAACUAAAUCUCUGUGUAAACAAAACCAAGUCAGCUUCAAGAUUACAACAUGCUCAUGUGAGCGACAUGGCUGUCAAGAAAAAUGAACUAUGUGGAGUUUGUAUUUAUGUUUUUGAAGCUGUCUAUAACAUGCUCUCUAAGAACUCAUCAGAAGCUGAAAUAGAGGCUGCAUUGGAUAAGGUGUGUAACUAUCUUCCCAUGCUGAAAGACCAAUGUGAUCAAAUUAUAGCUCUAUACACUCCAUAUGUAGUGGACUUGAUAUUGAAAGAAUUAUCUCCACAGAUGAUUUGUAAUGAAUUUGGGUUGUGUACCAAUUCAACAGCUCAAGCUUUAGUUGAGGUAAAGAAGGAAUCUGUUAAGAGUGGUGAUGUGGAAUGUGCUAUCUGUGAACUGACAUUAAAAUAUCUGGAACAUUUUGUGGCCAAAAACGCAUCAGAAAAAGAAAUAGAAUCAGCCUUAGAUGUUGUCUGCAGUGUCCUACCAGCAACUGUUAGAAAAGAUUGUGUCAACUUUGUCUCCAGCUACAGUCCAACAUUAGUGUCCCUCUUGUCUCACUUCCCUCCAGAGCAAGUUUGUGCAUUGAUUAAAGCUUGUACAGCUCCACCUCAAGCAACUAAACCAAUUAAAGGUGGUCCAGAGUGUCCGCUUUGUGAGUUUAUCAUGCAACAGCUGGAGUUACUUUUACAGAAAAAUGCAUCAGAGGGACAAAUAGAAGCUGCCCUAGAUAAGGUCUGUUCAUUUCUGCCAGCUACAGUCAAACAACAAUGUGACAGUUAUGUUGUAGCCUACACUCCCAUCUUGAUAAACCUUUUGACCAAAAUGUCACCUGAUCAGAUCUGUAGCUAUCUCAAGUUUUGUACAAACAGUACCUCAAGUAAUGCAGGAGCUCAAGAGUUAAAAGGUGGUCCUGAAUGUCCUCUCUGUGAGUUUAUCAUGCAAAAACUGGAGACACUUAUUCAGCAAAAUGCUUCAGAGGCACAAAUAGAGGCUGCCCUUGAAAAAGUCUGUUCACUUCUGCCAGCUACAAUCAAACAACAAUGUGACAGUUAUGUUGUAGCCUACACUCCCAUCUUGAUAAACCUUUUGACUAAAAUGUCACCUGAUCAGAUCUGUAGCUAUCUCAAGUUUUGUACAAACAGUUCUAUCUCUUAUAAGGGAGCUCAAGAGUUAAAAGGUGGUCCUGAAUGUCCUCUCUGUGAGUUUAUCAUGCAGAAGUUGGAGACACUUGUACAGAAAAAUGCUUCAGAGCAACAAAUAGAAGCUGCCCUUGAAAAAGUCUGUUCACUUCUGCCAGCUACAAUCAAGCAAGAGUGUGACAGUUAUGUUGUAGCCUACACUCCCAUCUUGAUAAACCUUUUGACCAAAAUGUCACCUGAUCAGAUCUGUAGCUAUCUCAAGUUUUGUACAAACAGUUCUGUCUCUUAUAAGGGAGCUCAAGAGUUAAAAGGUGGUCCUGAAUGUCCGCUCUGUGAGUUUAUCAUGCAGAAGUUGGAGACACUUGUACAGAAAAAUGCUUCAGAGCAACAAAUAGAGGCUGCCCUUGAAAAAGUCUGUUCACUUCUGCCAGCUACAAUCAAACAACAAUGUGACAGUUAUGUUGUAGCCUACACUCCCAUCUUGAUAAACCUCUUGACCAAAAUGUCACCUGAUCAGAUCUGUAGCUAUCUCAAGUUUUGCACUAACAGCACCACUCCUAAUAAAGAACUCCAGCGAUUAAAGGGUGGUCCUGAAUGUCCUCUUUGUGAGUUUGUCAUGGAAAAGUUGGAGGAACUCAUACAGAAGAAUGCAUCAGAGCAACAAAUAGAGGCUGCCCUUGAUAAGGUCUGUUCACUUCUGCCAGCUACAGUUCAACAAGAAUGUGAUAAUUAUGUUAAAGACUACACUCCUGUCUUGAUAAAUCUCUUGACCAAAAUGUCUCCUGACCAGAUCUGUACCUAUCUCAAGUUUUGCACUAACAGUACCACUGCUUCUAAAGAACCACAGCAAUUAAAGGGUGGUCCUGAAUGUCCUCUUUGUGAGUUUGUCAUGGAAAAGUUGGAGGAACUCAUACAGAAGAAUGCAUCAGAGCAACAAAUAGAGGCUGCCCUUGAUAAGGUCUGUUCACUUCUGCCAACUACAGUUCAACAAGAAUGUGAUAAUUAUGUUAAAGACUACACUCCUGUCUUGAUAAAUCUUUUAACCAAAAUGUCACCUGACCAGAUUUGUACCUAUCUCAAGUUUUGCACUAACAGUAGCUCAACUUCUAAAGUAACAACAAGUGUGAAGUCAGUCAGCAGUGGUCCCUACUGUGUACUGUGUGAACUGAUAUUACACAAACUGGAUGGAUUUCUCUCUCAAAAUCUAACUCAGUCUGAAAUAGAGAAAGGCUUUGAUCUGGUCUGUUAUUUGUUACCUGGAAGCCUAAAAGAAGAAUGUGAAAGUUUUGUUGCACUGUAUGAACCUGUGAUCAUGAAACUGUUGCUGCAAGAAACAAGACCAAGACAAGUCUGCAUAGCUGCCGGAAUCUGCACAAACACUGGUAAUAAACCUGCAAGCAAUGCCUUAACAUUCAUGUCAGAGAAAGUCAGCUCUGAUCCACCAUUGUUUAUGCCUCACUGCAGUCUGUGUAAAUUUGCCUUGUAUGAUCUUCAGACAUCUUUUGUUGAUCCCUUCUGGCAGACAAAAUGGAGAGAUGUAGCUAAAAGCGUCUGCAAACUUCUAAGAUAUGACCAAGAUGACUGCACCUCUCUUAUAGACAACAAUUACGACACAGUGGUGACCGCAGUAGUUGCCUUUAGAUUCCCAAUAGAGUUUUGUCAGAAGAUUGAAUUGUGUGAAGUCCCUCCAUCCUUACUUUCCAAAUCCAAUCACAAAGAAUUGAGUUUGACAUUGAGAAAAGCUGAGACACAGACCAUACCAUCAGAUUUACAGUAUUGCAAUGAUUGUAAAUUUGCAUUAUUUGCACUGCAAAAUUCUCUGAGUGAUCCAUUCUGGCAGGUGAAAUUCAGAGCUAGCGUGGACACCUUAUGUACUUACCUCAAAACUGGCCAGGAUAUUUGCCAUCAAAUAGUUGGAGAUAACAUUGACAAUCUAAUAAGUCAGAUUACAGCCUAUGAGUUCCCUAUUGAGUUUUGUCAGAAACUAGAUUUCUGUGAAUCUCCACCUCCAGUGUUAAGAUCAAACAGUGCUGAAUGUGGUGUGUGCAAAGUUUUAGUUCAACUUCUAGAUGUUCUCUUGCAAGCCAAUUCAACACUGACUGAAGUGGAGAAAGUUUUGAAUGCUGCCUGUGAUUCUCUUAUUCCUGUUAAAGACAGAGCUCAGUGUGAGGCUAUUGUGAGAAACUAUACGCCAGCCUUAAUGCAACUCAUUUCCCAGUUAGAUGAUCCUACAAAAGUUUGUCAGGCAACAAAACUGUGUCCUAAAUCUGAAACUUUGCUUCUCAAGAAGAUGAUUGGAAAUUAAAAUGACCAGAUAAUUAUAACUAUGUUACAACAAAUUGUUACUCAUGAUCUAUAUUUUUAACUCAUCAAAAAAUUUUGUUCCGAUUUUCACAUAAGUCAAGCCUUUAAUUUUUUUUUUUUUGUAACCUCUUUGGUAGGUUGAUAGUUUUAGUAUUUAUUCUUCUCUUGAAAUUGACACUGUCAUGUUUCACCUUAUUGAUGGUUUGACAAACAGAAAAUGUCUCAGUGCAUUACAUCUCAAGAUGACUUCUUUUUGUUGGCUUGACAGCAAAACAAAACAGUCUUUCUACAUUAUUAUUUCUCUGUAUUUAUUGUCAUAACUAAUGUGAACAAAAUGAAUGUAAGUAUUUAAGAAGUUCGAUGCUUUGAUUAAAAAGGAUUUUCUUCAAUGCUAUUAAAUGAACAUUCCAAGAGUUAUACUAAUGGAGCAGAAAUGUGCAUUUGUUUAUAACCUAGUUACUUGGCGGAAGAGAUCCUUAGCUAGAGCUAGAAUAUAAGAAUUUAAACUUUAAUCAGUUGUACACUUUAAAUAUAUUAGAGAGUUCUUUUUUUAAAUUCUUAUAAAGAAUGACAUUAUGAUCAGGUUGUAUAUGUACUGCUUAGAACCAUUGCAAUAAACAAUUUAGCUUGUUGAGAUUACUCUAUAUAUAUUGUAGAUAUAAGAUUAUAUAUAGAUGAGUACAGAUCUAGAGAAUGGUGAUGCAGUUUUUUGCUUUUUCUACCCUAUAUAAGAAUGUUUGGAUUGUUUCAGUAAAUUUGGAAUUGUGAAAUGAGUUGUGCCAAACAGUGUGUAAUGUUUGUUAAGAUUCUAGUGUAAUCAACUACUCUAUAUUUUAGUGCCAUUUGUUCAAGACAUGACUGCAGCUUGCUGUGUCUGGUACAUCUGAACUUUAGAUUUGAUUGAAUUCAUGUUUUUGAUUGAAUAAAAUGUACAAAAUCUA